CGUUCAUCAUCCCAUUUAAUCUCCACAGGUCCUCCAGUCAUGGACCUCGUCCCUUUCAUCUUCCAUGAGCGCCAGGAGCCGGGCUCGCAGUUGUGCGCUCAACACUGCCUGAACAACCUUCUCCAGCAGUCUGUCUACACCGAGAUUGAUCUGGCAGACGUCGCGCGAAAGCUCGAUGAGCAGGAAAAUGCUGCGCGAUACGCUCGCGAGCCCUCCGCCUCGUCAUACAACUAUGACGACACGGGCUUCUUCUCUAUCUCUGUGUUGGAGAAGGCAAUGCAGGUGUGGGACCUGACGCUUGUCCGCUGGCGCGGCGAGGCAAUGAGGCCUUAUCAAGACGCACCAGAAGAGCAGGCGGGGUUUAUCCUCAACCUCAACUCGCACUGGUUCGCCCUCCGCCGCUUCGGUAGCUAUACUCGCUGGUACAACCUUAACUCGUUCCUCGAGCGUCCCGAGUGGAUCUCACCGACAUAUCUCCACAUGGUGUUGAAGCAGGCCGAGGAGGAAGGUUACUCGGUCUUUGUCAUCCGCCGUGCUGGCGAGGGCGCAGGGCAGGACGCGACGAUCGACCCAGGAGAGGCGCAUGGAUGGGGUGACGCGGGCGUGGGUGAGCUCCCGGAGAGUUCCGCCGACCAGAUCGCGCUCGCCCUCGGCGAGGUGUCCAGCCGCAGCGGCGGCCACGGGGGCGACAGCGAGCUGGGAGGCUCAAGGCAUAGCACAAACCACUUCCCUUCCUUACAGGCUGGCCCUUCCGGUACUACCUCAACGUGGCCCGAUCCCGAGCCCGCUUCGGGGGCGGGGAGUGGACGUCGCCGUCGGAGACAGGAGGAUCUCACGUCCGACGGCGUAGGAGCGGUCGACCUCGUACCCGGCUCGUACCCGGGCAGCGGUUCGAGAACGCCUCAGCCAUCUAGAAGCUAUGUCGAGGUUGCGGCGUCCGGCGCCGGCCCCGAUGAGGACGAGGAGCUGGAUGAAGUCGACAACGCCCCCAGCAGCAGUCAUGCCGGCGCCCACAACUUCCCGGGCAUGUACGGAGGCCCGACCGACUUCCAAUAUCACAACCGCUCCUACGAUGACGAGGACGAGGCACUGCAAGCCGCCCUGCGCGCGAGCAUGGAGGACGUGCCAGACGGCUAUGUGAUGCCAGAGCUGGCCCCGUUAAGCGCCAUUCCUCCGCGCGCCUCGCCCCCGCUGCCUACUCCACCGCCUGUUGCUGCUCCUGCGGCCCCGAGCCCAUCUCCUUUACGUUCCGCGACGCGUGAGGACAGCAUUAUCGAAGACACGGACGACGACGAACCCGCGCACGAGCCCUCCCCAGAGGAACUUCGGCGAGCUCGCUUGGCGCGUUUCCAAUGAGGCGGGAUGGGAGACUGCGCCAAGAACGUCGGGCCAGAUAUGGCAGUGGCUGUGUAACAAGCAUGCAUUAUGACAGGGGGCUGCGGUCGAAACCUGUGCUCGUUAGGCCAUGCCGGCGGCCGUGAGGAGAUCGAGAGGAGAGAGGCAAAUGGCAGAGGAGGCGAUCGGAAGCAGAUGGGAGAAGUGGGAGGAUGGGACGAAGGGUGAGAGGGGAUUGCCAGGGAAUGUCACGUCACAAGCCACGUCCAUGUACCAUCCCCCGGCCAUGGGAACCCUGAAACCCUAUGCAUCAUCAUCGCCUGCACCCACAGUCGCACC